UCUCCAGUACUCCUGCCCUAACGACGCGCGGCCCGUUGCUAGGGGCCGAGGCGCGGGAGGCGGUGGAGGGCGCGGAUGCCCUCCUGCUCCGCGUCCCGGUGGGCCUCACUGCUAGACCCGCCACUCCACCGCAGUAAACUCUGAAGUAAGCAGUACAUUCUGAGGAUUUUUGAUUAACUGCAAACAUAUGCUUACACAGAGAUUAGGUUGAGCGUCUUUUCACUAAUUACAGAGAUUAGGAAGUGGCUGCCUGAACUAUUUUCCAAAGGAUAAACAUCGCAAAUUGUUGAAUACGGCACUCACCAAGAAGAUCCUAUUGGUUUGAGGGGGACACAACUUCCAACAACUGCAAGGGAUGCUGCUACUCCGGUGCCUCUGGAAAGGCACUCUUCAGAAGCUUUCUUGUCAGUUCUGUGCUCUGAUGGGGAAACUGCAAAGCAAACUCAAACACAGCGCUUACAAAUGCAGCAGGCCUGAUGGAAUUAUAGAAGAGAGGAUCCAAACUAAGACUUUUCAAGAGUAUAGCCCCGCUCACGUGGAUUCUGUCUUUGUCAUUGCUGCUCUGAACUCAGAACUUUGUGUCUCUGGAGGAAAAGAUAAGACAGUUGUUGCCUAUAAUUGGAAAACUGGAAUCGUAGUGAAAAAGUUCAAAGGCCAUGAACGUGAAAUUACCAAGCUGGCCUGUGUCCCCAAAUCAAGCCAGUUCUUCAGCGCCUCUCGAGACAGGACAGUCAUGAUGUGGGACCUGCACGGCUCCUCACAGCCCAGGCAGCAGCUGGUUGGCCACGACAUGGUGGUCACAGGAUUGGCUGUGAGCCCAGACUCAUCACAGCUGUGCACUGGCUCUCGGGACAACACCCUGCUCCUGUGGGAUGUGGGGACAGGACAAUGUGUGGAGAAAGCCUGUGUCUCCAGGAACCUGGUCACUCACUUGUGCUGGGUCCCCAGAGAACCAUAUGUACUACAGACCUCUGAAGAUAAAACCAUGAGAUUAUGGGACAUUCGGGGGCUGCAGGUGGCUCAUAUGUUUCCCCCAAAGCAGCACAUUCAGACCUACUGUGAAGUCAGCAUGGACGGACACAAGUGUAUCUCCUGCAGCAAUGGCUUUGGAGGUGAAGGCUGUGAAGCCACGUUGUGGGACCUACGGCAGACAAGAAACAGAAUAUGUGAGUAUAAGGGACAUUUCCAGACAGUAGCAUCCUGUGUUUUUCUACCAAAAACAUUGGCCUUGAUGCCUGUGAUUGCUACCUCAUCACAUGAUUCCAAGGUGAAGAUUUGGAACCAAGAUACUGGAGCCUGCCUUUUCACUUUGUCCCUGGAUGGCUCAGGACCCUUGACUUCCCUGGCUGUUGGCGAUGCUGACUCCUUAUUAUGUGCAAGUUUCAACAGAGGAAUUCACUUACUCAAAGUGGGCCACAGCAAAGGGCUGGAACUGCAAGAAGUGGCCACAUUCUGAGGCCCAUAGGCCUUCAAUGGACAACAUGAAACUGCAGCUUCUCCUUUCUCUAUGUGGCAUUGUGUGUUUCUACGUUAUCUUGCGGGGAUUGGAACACAGGGCUGGUAUUCCUUGCCUAGGUUUAUUUAGAGGGUAUAUCAGUGUUAGAAGUCAGUUUAAAUCCUGAACUUCAAAAUAAGGUGUAGAGGGGUUUUGGGGGUUUUGUUUGUUUGUUUGUUUGUUUGUUUGUUUUGGUACUGGGGAUCAAACUCGGGUCCUUGUGCUUGCCAAGUAGGUGGCGGAACCACUGAGCUAAAUUCCUGGCCCAGGUAUACAGCUGCAAAUGAUGAAUUAGACUUAAGUUCUCAAGCUAAGUUAAAUCCAAAUUUUAAAAGAAUCUAUCACUCAAAAUGAUAACCAGGAAGUAGUCGAGUGGUGGACUUCUCUGUGAGAAUAGAAAUUGGACUUGAGUCUGUCAAACUGAUAUUUUCUUUGUUUCUACAAAAGAAAAAAGGCAGAAGGAACAGAAACUGUUUUGGUUGCCUCACAGAUGAUCCAGAUGAGAAAGAAUGGUAUGGUUCCAUAGAGGAAAUAGAUUAUAGACAGUGAAAUGAAGCCCCAAUCGCUGCACCUCAACAAUGUGAAGAAUCAAAGUUACAGCAAGAAAGCCAAAGCCUUGGCUUCUCUUCAGAAUAGCAGAGCAAGCCGGGAGUGGGGGUGCACACCUGUAAUCCCAGCUCUUGGGAGGUUUAGGUAGGAGCAUGGCUGUGAAUUUGAGGCCAGCCUGAGCUACAUAAUGAGACCUUGUGUCAAAAAACAAACAAAAAUCCUGGAUUGCAGAGCUGGAAGUGGGAAACCCCUGUCAUUCUCAGUACCUUCCUAACCAGUACUGCUGAGGGUAUAUGAAAACAAGUCCUGAGGUGGCCUUGAAGUGCCUGAGAAGCACGAGGACACUGCUAGGAUUACAGGCGUUCUCCAGCCUGUCCCAGGAAGGAGAAAGCAGCAGUUCAGAGGUCGAGGCUGAACAAAUUUCAUAUGCAGUUUGAGUGUUUUUAUUUAAUUUUGUAUAAAUAAAAGGUGCACACACACACACAUAUAUGUUCCUGGAAGUGGCCAGAGUAAGGCAAAGCGGGAGCCUGUGACAUAUGGAACAUAGAGAAUAUGGAGAGAUGGAGUCCCCUGAGCCCCAGCCAUCGAGCCCCAGUGUGGAGAGGCAGGAUGCUCUGGUCAGCCCGGGUGGCCCCCAGUAGUCGGUCCCCAACGUGAUGCUCACUAAGCCCAUUUUUCUUGAGGGAAAAUGGAGUCCCUCCUACCUUUAGGUGAACCCAAUAAGGCGACCAAGAUCUGGAAAUUCCUUUUCUUUUUAAUGUUUUUUUCUUUUUAGACAUGUGUUUUGCUAUGCUGCCCAGGCUGUCUCAAACCUGUCUCAGCUUCCCAAGUAGCUGAUACUACAGGCACAGGCACAUACUACCCUGCCUAGCUUGGAGAUUCCUUUUCUGAGGGGUCCCAGCCAAAGAAGGACUUUGUAUUUGUCUUUUCUGGCCUCUGUUUGUUUGUUUGAGAUAGAGUCCCUCUAUGUAGUUCUGGCUGGUCUUGAACUCUUUCCUAAACUCUACAUGUAUGCUUGAUGGUAGGAAAUAGAUGAAAAUUGGGCAGAGUGGUUGCAGGCUUGUAAUUCCAGCAAUCUGGAGACUGAGGCAAGAGGAUUGCUUCAAGUUCAAGAACAACC